AUGACCAAGAACACCGAGCUCGACCACCUCCACGAAACCCUCUUCGAACAGGGUAUAAAACUCCGCCGAACCGUCGUCGGCGACGCCUACGUCGAUAGAGCCCUAUCCCAAGGAUUCAGCGACUUUUCACGUCCCGGCCAGGAACUCGUCACUGAACGGUGCUGGGGUCACAUUUGGACGAGACCUGGACUUGAACUGAAGCAACGAAGCCUAUGGUUGUGGAAACAUUAUAGGGUCUCGGUGCGCCACGGUUCAGCACGCUAUCGAGAUAAAGCAACCUACCUAGCACGGGCAACAUACUCAAACAGGAAAAAGGGGAUGUCGAACACAUAA